UUCAUCUUCUAUAAAUACCAACUUUUUGUCUCUCAAUUUCAUGUUCCAUCUCGUUCCUCUUCCUCUCAAAAAGAACCAAGAAAAUCAAGAAUCAAACCGUUAUCCAAUCAAGAAUCAAACUGUUACCCAAUCUAGAAUCAAACUGUUACCCAAUCAAGAAAAUCAAGAAUCGACAUCAAUAAAGCCUACAAGUUGUUGAUCAUAGUAGCAAAUGGUGAAGAGUGAGCUCAAGAUCCAAUCAAGAAAGCCAUCAAUGGCAACUUCAACUUCACCAUCGCCAUCAUCGAGCAGUAACAGAAUUAAAAAAUACAAAGGAGUAAGAAUGAGAAGUUGGGGUUCGUGGGUAUCAGAAAUAAGAGCACCAAAUCAGAAAACAAGAAUUUGGUUAGGUUCUUAUUCAACUGCUGAAGCUGCUGCUAGAGCUUACGAUGCUGCACUUUUAUGUCUGAAAGGCUCUUCAGCUAAUCUUAAUUUUCCCAUCACUUCCUCUCAUUACAUUCCCGACACUGUUUUAUCUCCUAAAUCCAUUCAAAGAGUUGCUGCCGCCGCCGCUAAUAGUUUUCUAGACAACAAUGCCGCCGCCGCCGCUGCCGAAACUGCACCGGUAUCAUUACCAUCACCGCCUCUACCAUCACCAUCGCCGUCUUCAUCAUCAUCAAUGUCCUAUAACACCUCAUCGCCGAUUUCUGAUCAACUAGACGUGUACGACGACGUGUCACUAAUUGAUCAAUCUUUUGGGAUUAAUUACACUAAUCAUGAUGAUUAUAAUUAUUCAUGGUACAACUUUGAUGAUCAACUUCAUGAUCACGAUCAUGCUGCUGCUUCAUCUUCGUUCGAUUGUCCGUUGAUGAUCGAUGAUUUUUUCGAAGGUGAUUUUCGCCUAUGGAGCUUUGCGGAAUAGAAACUUUUUCAUAAUUUUUUUGUUCAUUAAUUAGUUAAUUCAUAUUUAUUAUUGAUUCUUGGUCGAUCAUGAUCUUCUGUUCAAUUGUUGCUUGAAGACAUGUUACUAACUUAUAAGUUAUAAAUUCAUAUAUGUUUAGUGUAUUGAUUUAGGACAAGAUCACUAGGCUCUCACAUGGGGAAGGAAAUAUUUUUUUGGACUUUCUCAUGUGGGAUUUUUUUUUAUAUUCAAUUUAUUAAUGUACUAUCAAAUUACUAAUAAAAAAAGUGUGUUGUCUUGUAA